AUGACUGACAAUCAAUCCCCCCCUAAAGAGCCCAUAGCCAUCAUUGGCACCUCUUGCCGCUUCCCCGGCGGCGCCAACACCCCCUCCAAGCUCUGGGACCUCCUGUGCGAGAAGCGAGACGUUCAGUCCCGUAUUACCAACGACAGGUUUAAUGUAGAUGCAUUCUACAGCACCAAUGGUGAUAAAAAUGGCUGCACCGAUGUGAAGAAGGCAUAUCUCUUGUCCGAGGAUAUUCGAGUGUUUGAUGCCUCGUUUUUCAAAAUUAAUCCACGUGAGGCUGAGGCCAUGGAUCCUCAGCAACGGCUCUUGCUUGAAGCUGUUUAUGAGGCAACAGAGGCAGCUGGUCUGCCUAUGGAAGAUCUCAAGGGGUCUGAUACCGCUGUAUACGUUGGAUGCAUGACGGGGGAUUAUCAUGAAAUGCUCAUGCGUGAUCCCCAAGAUAUGCCCAAGUAUAUGGCCACCGGUACCGCUCGCAGUAUUCUCUCCAACAGAAUCUCUUAUCUGUUCGACUGGAAGGGACCUUCUAUGACCAUUGAUACGGCAUGCUCUUCCAGUCUUGUUGCGGUCCACGAUGCUGUUACAGCCCUUCGCAACGGUGUUUCCAAGAUCGCUUGCGCUGGAGGCGCCAACCUUAUCCUUGGACCAGAAAUGAUGAUUUCUGAGUCCAAGCUGCACAUGCUGUCCCCAACUGGACGAAGUAGGAUGUGGGAUGCCUCUGCCAACGGAUACGCGAGAGGCGAGGGUGUAGCAGCCAUCAUGAUGAAAACUCUAUCUCAAGCGUUGGCAGACGGAGACUAUAUUCAAGGCGUUAUUAGGGAGAUUGGAGUCAAUUCUGACGGACGAACGAACGGUAUCACAUUACCAAGUCCAGAGGCACAGAAGGUCUUGAUUCAACAGACUUACAAGAAUGCCGGUCUUGACUUCUUCAAAGACCGUUGUCAAUUCUUCGAGGCUCAUGGGACAGGUACACCCGCCGGUGAUCCUCUAGAGGCUCGUGCUAUUCACGAAGCCUUCUUCACUGAUGGGGAUAUCGUCCCUGAGCCCAUGUAUGUAGGCUCAGUCAAGACAGCCAUCGGCCAUCUCGAAGGAUGCGCUGGUCUUGCCGGUCUGAUAAAGGCUCUCGAGGCUGUCAAAAGAGGAAUCAUUCCUCCCAACCAGCUCUUCGAGAAUCUAAACCCGGCCCUCAAGCCUUACGUCUCCAACUUGAGGCUCCCCACUGAGUCUAAACCGUGGCCGAAGCUGGCUCCUGGAUCUCCCAGACGUGCAAGCGUCAAUUCCUUUGGGUUCGGUGGAACCAAUGUCCACGCCAUCAUCGAGCAAUUCGACAACCCUCACACGGAGGCCAGUUCGCCUGACGGCAUUAUUUCCACCCCGCUUGUCCUCUCUGCCAACUCAGAUCUCUCAUUACGCAAGCAAAUUGCACAGUUUGCAGGGGCAAUUGAGCAUAACGACAAAGGGGAGAUCGACAGGAUCAUCUUCACACUGGCACAGAGGCGAUCACAACUUCCCCUUCAGACCUACUUCUCUGGCCAUGACCUGCAGAGUCUUGAGCAGAAGUUGAGAGACGCCACAGCUGAGAAUGCUGUACUGCCUUUCAUCAGCCAGACUGUCCCACCGGGUCAGCCUCCUCGUAUCUUGGGUGUCUUCACUGGUCAAGGCGCGCAAUGGCCUACCAUGGGACGAGAGGUCCUCAAAGCCUCUCCUUUUGCUCGUGCCGUGAUGGCAUCCUUGGAAGAGUCAUUGGAGAGCUUAGCAGAGCCUCCUACCUGGACGCUCACUGAGCAAAUUAUGGCUGACAAGGACUCGUCUCGACUUAGCGAAGCAGCUAUUUCACAACCACUCUGCACUGCGGUCCAGAUAAUAGUAGUUGAGUUACUGCGCAAGGCUGGUAUAACAUUUGAGUGUGUUAUUGGCCAUUCUUCAGGAGAAAUCACAGCUGCUUACACUGCUGGCUUCCUAUCCGCGACUGAUGCUAUUCGAGUAGCAUACCUUCGGGGUGUCUGUGCCAAGCUCGCUGGUGGAGAGAAUGGGGAGAAGGGAUCCAUGAUGGCAGUUGGUCUCUCAUAUGAGGAAGCCUCUACCUUCUGUGAGGAAAACUUCGUUGGCCGUGUCGAUGUGGCUGCCAGUAAUGCCCCCGCUAGCACUACUCUCUCUGGUGACAAGGCCAGCAUUGAGGAGGCCAAGGCCUUAUUGGACGCGCAAGGUACAUUUGCUCGUAUUCUCAAGGUUGACACUGCCUACCACUCCCAUCACAUGAAUCCCUGUGCGCAGCCAUACCUUGAGAAGCUCCAAGCUGCUGGAGUGAAGUCUCUGCCUGGCGACGAUUCUGUGGAGUGGUACUCCAGCGUCUUGGGGGAACGCAUCACCGCCUCUCUGCAUGGUGAUGCACUCUGUGACGAGUAUUGGGUUGAGAACAUGGUGAACCCAGUUCUCUUCUCGGUGGCCUCGGAGCUCGUCGCGGAGGUUAGCCCGCCCUGUCAUGUGGCUCUGGAAGUCGGCCCUCACCCAGCCCUCAAGGGUCCUUUCAACCAGACAUAUAAGCGCGCCACUGGAUCUCCAUUGCCGUAUCAGGGUACAGUGACCAGAAAUGUUCACGACGUUGAGGCCCUGAGUGACUCACUUGGCUUCCUCUGGUCGCACCUGGGCAAGUCUGCUGUCGACUUUACUGCGUAUACCCAAGCCUUCUCCCCAUCAAUCACAGCUAUGGCAGAUGGACUUCCGCCGUACGCAUGGGAUCAUACACAGUCCUUCUGGAGGGAAUCCCGAAAGUCAUUGAACUACCGGCAGCGCAGUCAGCCUCCUCAUCCCCUACUAGGCACCCGCUCUGUUGAGGAUACCGCUGACAGCAUGCGAUGGAUCAACUAUCUCCGACUUGAUGAUGUUCCUUGGCUGGAAGGCCACAAAGUCGAAGGGCAAGUUGUGUAUCCAGCAGCUGGAUACUUAGUUAUGGCCAUGGAGGCCGCACGAGCUAUCGAUGCGACCAAGGAGAUCCAGCUCAUUGAGCUGUCUGAUGUCUAUAUCCUGAGUGCCAUCCAGUUAACUGAAGGCUCUCAAUCUCUGGAGACUGUUUUCACUCUUCAGGUUGAGAGAAAUGAGCCGGCUUUCGCCAUGGCCAAUUGGACAUUGUCUACGCCGAUGAGUGGACGGAAUGAUAGCUGGAAAUGUAACGCGAAGGGGCAACUCCGGGUGGAGUUUGGCUCCUUGGAUGACGCUGCCCGUCUGCCCUCGCGGAGGAAGCCAGUUGCUUCACUUACAUCCGUUGACGUGGAGAGAUUCUACAGCGCUCUGGCCAAUAUUGGACUUGAGUACACGGGCGAGUUCAAGCAUCUUCAGAGCAUUGAUCGUCAGUUGGGUCUAGCAACCGCACACGCCCGUCAAGUUGUCCCUGACUUUCCGGCAAUGAUUCACCCAGCUCUUUUGGAUGCCGCCUUCCAGUCAAUCUUUGCUGCUUACUGUUGGCCCGAUGAUGGAAGCCUCCAAGCUCCUUUUGUCCCUACCUUCUUCCGAAGCCUUCGUAUUGUCAACACCAGCCACCUCCGCCAUGGCGAAGACCUGGUGAUUGACUCUUUCUUGACCAACACCAACGAGCGUGAGCUCACCGCCGAUAUGGACAUUUUCCAAUCUUCCCAUGGCCAGCCUGUGUUACAGCUCCAGGGAUUGACGUGCACAUCUCUCCUUCGGCCUGGACCUAGCAACGCUAAGGAGCUGUACACAAAGACUGAGUGGGAGGUUGACAUUGCGAGUGGCAUUGCGCAGUCAGAUACCCAAGACCAAGAUACUGCAUCUGAUCUUGAACUUGUUGAUCUCUGUGAGCGCCUUUCGUACUUUUAUCUUCGGGAACUCAACAACGCUGUUGGUCGCGACGAAGUUCCGGGCUUCGACUGGCAUUAUCAGCGCAUCUUUGAGUGGAUCGACCAUCUCUUCCCCUUGAUCCAGUCUGGUCAACAUCCCACCAUCAGGAUUGAGUGGUCCAACGACUCGAGGGACUGGCUUAUGCAACAGUCUGCCAGGUUCCCUGGGCGCAUCGACCUGCAGCUUAUCCAAGCCGUGGGAGAGAACCUUCCCGCAGUCGUGCGCAAGCAGACUACUAUGCUAGAGCACAUGGUCAAGGAUGACAUGCUAAACCGCAUCUACAAGUUCGGCCUGGGUUUCGAGAGAGCAAACGUCUACCUCGGGAGGAUUUCCAAGCAGAUCGCUCAUCGAUACCCCCGUAUGAACAUUCUUGAGAUCGGCGCCGGAACUGGCGGUGCGACCAAGGGUAUCAUGGAGUCGCUGGGAACGACCUUCGAGACCUAUACUUUCACUGAUAUCUCGACUGGCUUCUUUGAGGCUGCUGCAGAGGCUUUCGAUCGCUGGGCUGACAAGAUGAUCUUCAAACCGCUCAACAUCGAGAGUGACCCAACUGAGCAAGGGUUCCCUGAGGGUCACUAUGACUUCAUCAUCGCUUCCAAUGUCCUUCAUGCCACCAAAUCUCUUGCUGUCACUAUGCAAAAUACCCGCAAGCUACUCAAACCCGGAGGCCAGCUACUGCUCCUCGAAGUUACCAGCGACAUCGUCCGUGUAAAACUCAUGAUGUCCGGUCUUUCGGGUUGGUGGCUCGGGGGUGAUGAUGGACGCCGCUAUGGACCCACGAUCCCUGUAUCUCAGUGGGACGCACUGCUGAAGCAGACUGGAUUCUCUGGUGUUGACAAGACGGUGAAUGACUUUGUUGAUGCUGAGAAGUACAUGACUUCGGUCAUGCUGUCACAAGCUGUUGAUGACAGGAUAGAGAUUUUGAGACAGCCACGACUUGCAUCUAGUGACUGGCUCUUAUCUCAAUCCAUAGUCAUCGUUGGUGGGCACUGCCGAGAAAUUGGCAAAGAUGCCAUGGCCAUCAUUCACCAGAUGAGCCAUGGUGCGUCUCAACCUAUCGUUCACCAUGUUGGUAGCUUUGAGGAGUUGGCUUCAUCCAACAUCCAGGCCCGGUCAGCCUUAGUUCUGGAGGAUCUCGAUGAACCAAUCCUCAAGGACUUGACAGAUGACAAGCUUCGAGGUGUACAAAAGCUCAUCAACGAAUCUCGACAAGUUCUCUGUGUCUCCAGAGGCUGCCAAAGGGAUGAGCCAUUUGCAAACAUGUCCAUAGGAAUGUGUCGCAGCUUGGCUUCCGAGUACCCUCACAUUCAUCUGCAGCACGUUGACAUCGAGGGCCAGGUCGGUCCAAUGACCGCAUCUCUUCUGGUUGAGGCAUUCCUCCAGCUUAUGUAUCGAGCAUCACUCAAAUCUGACGAUUUGGUUUGGUCAAUUGAAGCUGAGUUAGUUCUCAGAGAGGACAGGUGGUUCAUUCCUCGGGUCAAGUCCGACGAGGCGCUCAACAACCAGCUCAAUGCCAGUAAGAUGACAAUACAAUCUCCAAAGACUCUCUACGGGGACGUCAUCGAGAUCCAGCAGCGAUCCAAUCAGUUUGUUAUCGUCGAACCCAUUCCUUGUAUUCCCGUGUCCGUCUCCUCGCCUCCUGUCGACAUCACGGUCACCCAUUCUCUACUAUUUCCCUUCCCAGUCGGCGCCAAAUCUUCGGGCUAUCUAUGCUAUGGCUACACAGACUCUCAGACCAGAGUACUCGCCAUAUCUGAGGUGAACAGGUCCAGGGUCUCUGUGCCUCCAUUCUUUGUCUGGGAUCUAUCGUCUAGCGAGAUUGAUGCUGCUCACCUACUGCGUAAAACAGCCCUUGCAAUCACCGCUGAUAGACUCUUGAGCGACGUUGAAGCUGGGGCCACUGUUCUUAUCCAUGAGCCAGAUGAGUUUUUGGGUGCAGCUCUUCAGUGGAAAGCGGCAGAGCUUGAUCUCAAUGUCAUCUUGACUACGUCGGAGAGCAGCAGGGAAAGGUCUACUGACGUACUGUUCAUCCACGCUCUUGCGCCAGAGCGCCUUGUCAAUCGCAUCAUGCCUCAACAUACGAAGGCCGUUAUUGACCUCUCGGGCAAGGACUACAGCAUUGUCGAUUCCCCUCUGCGCCGAUGUCUUCCCCCUCAUUGCAAGUUCCACCAGCUGCAAGACAUCCUCGGUAACGCCUCUCAGGGUGUCAAGGAUCCUAUCAUCCACGGUGUUCGGGACGCCAGUCGGUCGACCCUUGAGCUUCGUGGAGAUGGACCUGUUGUUAAGCUCUCUGAUCUUCCCAAUAUGCGAGCAUCGAUCAAGGAGUAUGCCACUGUAGUCGAGUUCUCUGCUGACACAGCAAUCCCUGCGGUUGUGCAGCCUCUUGAUGGCAGUCGACUCUUCCGCUCCGACAAGACGUAUCUUCUUAUUGGCUGCACUGGAGGUCUCGGCAAAGCGCUCUGUAGAUGGAUGGUCUCCUGCGGCGUUCGCCAUCUUGCCUUGACCACUCGCAACGUGGCUGCCAUUGAUCAAGUGUGGCUCAAAGAACUUCGCAUUCAAGGCGCUCAAGUCAAUCUCUACCAGGCUGAUGUCGGUGACAAGGCGGCUUUAUCGCAAGCCUAUGACCAGGUCGUCAAGGAGAUGCCGCCAGUCUGUGGUGCUGCCAAUGCUGCCUUGCUCUUGUCUGACCGAACAUUCACUGAGCUCAAGGUCAACGACUUCACCAAGGUCUUUGGACCCAAGGUCAAGGGUACCCAGAACCUCCACGAACUUCUCCUGGACCAGAAACUUGACUUCUUCAUCAUGUUCUCUUCUUUGGCCAGUGUUGUCGGUAACCGUGGUCAAGCCAACUACGCUGCCUCGAACCUUUUCAUGAGUGCCAUUGCUGAACAGCGACGUGCAAAGGGCCUUGCUGCUUCAGUCAUGCACAUUGGCAUGGUUCUCGGCGUUGGUUACGUCUCUUCUACGGGAGCGUAUGAGGCUACCUUGCGUAGCUCCAACUACAUGGCCAUUUCUGAGACUGAUCUUCUCAACAUGUUUUCUCAGGCAAUUCUCGUCGGUCAGCCCAGCUCAACUCAUGCUCCCGAGCUCAUCACUGGUCUCAACCGUUUCAGCUUGGAACCUGAGGCCCAAAAGUACUUUUGGCGCGAUAACAUGCGAUUUUGUCACCAUACGCUCGAGGAGGAACACCAAGAGCGUACAUCAACCACUAGGGUCUCCAUCUCUCAGCGUCUAUCGGAAGCUAAGGGAACUGCCGAGAUCCUCACCGUUGUGGAAGAGGAGUUUUGCACCAAGCUUGAGCGCUUACUGCAAGCUGAGGCCGGCUCUGUCAAAACGUCACAGUCGCUGCUCGGCCUAGGUGUGGACUCGCUGGUUGCUGCGGAGAUCAGAUCGUGGUUUCUCAAGGAACUUGAUGUUGAUACUCCUGUGUUAGAGAUCCUUAACACUGCGUCUAUCACUGAGCUUUGCUCCACUGUCGUCUCUCACUUACCAACUAUUUCCGGAGACACCGAGCCCAAGACGGAAGUCACCAAACAGGCCAUCAAAACUCUCAAUGUUGUUGAGACGUCAACGGCGAUGUCUUCAGCCUCGCCCACUGAGAACGAACCCUUCACCAUUCGCAACAGCCCAAACUCAACCCAAGUUACCAGCGACGCUGGUUUUGACGAGGAGGCAUCUAUUCAGUCAAAGACUGAUCGCUCCGGCCCUUUGUCCUUCGCUCAAGAACGCCUGUGGUUCCUUCAACAGUUCCUCCGGGACCACAGCACAUACAACGUCACCAUGCACUAUCACAUCAGUGGUCCUCUCCGACUGCAUGACCUGGAAAAGGCCUUCCAACAGGUGAUCCAUCGUCAUGAGUCCCUCCGUACAUCGUUCUUCAUUGAUCCCGACACUGAUCUGCCGACACAAGCAGUGCUCAAGGACUCUAGCUUCAGGCUAGAGCAGAAGCACAACUCAACUGCCAAGAUCGAGUACAAGGCCAUGCAAGAGAUGUCAUAUGACCUGGAGAACGGCAAUGUCGUCAAAGCUGUUAUUGUCCCAGACUCUGAUGGCGAAUUCGACCUUAUCUUCGGCUUUCAUCACAUCGCACUCGAUGGCUACAGCGCUCAGAUCAUGGUUCGUGACCUAGCCAUGGCAUACGCUGGUCAGACCCUUUCAAGCAAGCAGCAAGACUACCUUGACUUCGCUAUUGCUCAGAAAGAAGCUAAAGUCUCGGAUUCUACUCUCGCCUACUGGAGGUCCGAACUGGAGGAGUUUCCACCGACACUACCCGUCUUCGACUUUGCCGAGACGAAGACACGGAUCCCCCUUACGGACUACACGACACGAGCACUUGAGAGAACUUUGUCUGUUGAUCAGGGCAGAAGCAUCAAGGCUAUUGCUAAGCAUCUUGACGUCACUCCAUUCCAUGUUCAUCUUGCUACUCUCCAGGUUGUCCUUUCUGAUCUCGCUUCAGUCAAUGAUCUGUGCAUUGGUAUUACUGAGGCCAACAAGAACGAUGCUACACAUAUCGAUACUGUCGGAUUCUUUGUCAAUCUUUUGCCUCUGCGACUGAAACUGUCGUCCUCACAGACUCUAGCGGAGUUGGCCGCCAACGCCAAGUCCAAGGCCAACGGCGCUCUUUCGCACUCCGACGUGCCCUUCGACGUCCUUCUUGAUGAGAUGAAGCUUCCUCGCUCCACAACCCACAGUCCUCUCUUCCAGGUCGUCAUGAACUACAAGAUGGGCUCUACUCAGAAGGUCCCCUUGGCGGAUUGUCAAGCCCAGCUUGUGGCAUUCAAGGACGCGAACAACCCCUACGACCUGACCUUUGACAUUGAGACCUACCAUGAUGGAUCUGCUUCUAUCAGCGUUAAGACACAAGAGUACCUCUAUUCUGAAAGCGAGUUGAGCUUUGUUCUUGACGAUUAUGUACAGAAGCUAGCUCUCUUCACCUCGGAGCCUUCUGGGACCGUAGAUCAAAUCUGCAAGCCUACAGCUGAGCAGAUUGACAGAGCAUUGACCCUUGGGCGAGGCGAAAGGAUCCCAUCUCCUCGCCUGGAGACUUUGAGCCACUACUUCGAGGAAUGUGUUGUCAAACAGCCUGACGAUAUUGCCCUCGUCACAGAUAAGGGACAAGCUCUCACCUGGUGUCAGCUGAAGGCUUUGGUCAACCAGAUUGCUAUGACUCUUGUUGAAGCAGGGGCUAAGCAGGAUUCACGAGUGGGCGUAUACUGCGAGCCCAGCAUGUACAUCCUUCCCACUCUGAUGGCCAUUGCUGAAAUCGGCGGUGUAUACGUACCUCUCGAUACCCAGAACCCGAUCAAGCGUCUUCAACUGAUGGUUGACGAUUGCCAACCUGAUGUACUUCUCAUUGAUGACUCAACUACAACAACAUCCCGCGAACUAGAGACGAACGCCAAGUUGAUUAACGUGAGCACUAUCAAGGCUGACCCUUCCAAUACUUAUCAUCUGGACAACCGAGCUAGAGGAGAUGGGAUGGGCUACAUUUUCUACACGAGCGGUACAACGGGUGUUCCAAAAGCCGUGGCUUUGACUCAUGCUAGUCUUGUACACCACUUUGACGGUUUCAUCCACUACAACAAUCUGAACAAAUGUCGCAUGCUUCAACAGGCACCUCUUGGUUUCGAUAUGUCGCUUACCCAGAUGACUCUCGCCAUCAUGCUCGGGGGAACUCUGAUCGUUGCAUCCAGCGAGACUCGCAAGGACCCUAUGCAACUUGCGCAGUUAAUGCUGGAUGAGAAAGUCACCCACACUUUCAUGACGCCUACACUUACAUUAUCGGUCAUUCAUCAUGGCUAUGAAUACUUGAGACAAUGCGUCGACUGGGAACAUGCGUCUCUCGCUGGAGAAGCAAUGACAGCCCGUGUUACCCGUGAGUUCAAGAGUCUCGGCUUGAGGAACCUUGAGCUUUGCAAUGGUUACGGUCCUACCGAGAUCACUAUCAUCGCCACCUGUGGUUCUAAUGAGCUCGAUAAUACUCUACACGACACUCACAAUCCAAGCAUCGGGCGUACUUUGCCUAAUUACUCCUGCUACAUCCUGGAUGAGAACAUGCAGCCUGUUCGUCCAGGACUCGCUGGCGAACUGGUGAUCGGAGGUGCCGGUGUCGCCAUUGGAUACCUCAACAGACAGGAUCUGACAGAAACCAAGUUCCUUCCUGAUCCUUUCGCACCACCGGAAGAUGUCGCUCGCGGAUGGACUCGAAUGUACCGUACAGGUGACAAGGCCAGGUUUAUGUCAGACGGGCGUCUCUGUUUUCUUGGACGUAUCGCCGGUGACUCUCAGAUCAAGCUUCGAGGUUUCAGAAUUGAGCUCGAAGAUAUUGCCAGCACUAUCGUCAGGGCCUCCGAUGGUAAAAUCCCCGAAGCCGCUGUUUCGCUUCGUGGUGAAGGGGACAGCGCAUACCUUGUUGCUUUCGUCAUCCUUUCCCAUUCCAACCGUCCAUCAGACGAGAAAGGCUAUCUGAAGCAGCUUCUGAGGGAGCUAUCCCUCCCUCGAUACAUGGUACCCGCGAGAAUCGUCUCCAUUGAUCAGUUGCCCAUGAACGCUUCUGGCAAGCUGGAUCAACAUGCUCUUGACGCUCUCCCUCUUCCUCAUGAUGAGGAUAUCAUCGAUAAGCCCCUCACUGAGACGCAAGAGAGGCUCAAGCUAGGGUGGCUCAAGGCCCUGCCGUUUGUAGAUGCGGCUAUUGGCCCAGACACAGACUUCUUCUCUGCAGGGGGCAACUCCCUUCGUAUCGUCAGUUUGAGAGAGUACAUCACACGCGAACUCGGAGUUACCGUCUCUGUCUUUGAUCUCUUCCAAGCGAGUACUCUUGGAGAGAUGGCUGCGAAGAUCGAUGGCUCUACGACUCAAGGAGCUACUACAAUGCUAAUUGAUUGGGAUGAAGAGACUCGCAUUGAAGCUGACUUGGGCAUUGUGGGAGCCCAAGAGCCACACCCUUCCGAGACAGCAAAUGGUCUUCAAGUCGCUCUCACUGGUGCAACUGGAUUCUUGGGUGUGUCGAUCCUCAAGACUUUGCUCGAGGAUAAGCGGGUAUCCAAGGUCCACUGUCUUGCUGUCCGGUCUUCCUCCAACACGAGCGAUCCAGCGUUUUCAUCUCCGCGAGUCGCGUGCUACCCGGGAGAUCUGUCCAUGCCACGACUCGGUCUGUCUGAAGAGCAAUUUGAUCAGCUUGCCAAUACAGUCGACCGAAUCAUUCAUAACGGCGCUGGUGUUUCUUUCCUCAAGACAUAUCAGUCCUUGCAGCGACCGAAUGUAUCCUCGUCAAAGGAGCUAGCACGAAUGGCGAUUACGCGAAGGAUUCCAAUGCACUUCGUCUCAACCGGUGGUGUCGUGCAACUCACUGGCCAAGACGGCCUUGAUGAGGUUUCCGUUGCAGACUCUAUACCUCCUACCGAUGGCUCACUUGGCUACAUUGCUUCGAAGUGGGCUUCGGAAGUUAUACUAGAGAAGUAUGCCAGCCAAUACGACCUUCCGGUCUGGAUACAUCGUCCAUCCAAUAUCACGGGUCCGGAUGUCCCCAAAGCAGAUCUUAUGCAAAACAUCUUCCAUUACGCUGUUAAGACAGCAUCAGUCCCUGACUUGGGUUCGUGGAGUGGUUGCUUUGACUUUGUUCCCGUGGACGUUGUGGCUGCGGGCAUUGCUAGGUCCAUCUACGAGACUCAGGAUAGAGUAGCGUACAAGCAUCACUGCGGCACGGAGAAGAUCUCUGUGGGGGAUCUACCGUCGUACCUUGAAGCGGAACACGGCAAGAUUGAGACGAUUAGUGUUGAAGAGUGGUUAGAGCGUUCGAAAGCUGCAGGGUUGGAUGAGGUUACUGCAGCAUUAGUUGAGAAGACGUUGAGCAGAGGGGGAAUUGUUCCUUGGCUUCGAAGAGAAGCGAACUAG